AUGGGCAUAACCACAAAAUUAACUAAAGGAGGUGACGGUCAUAUCAGGACCGCAACAGUUCGGUUGGCAAAUAGUAGGAAGUGGACCAGGUCAAUCAAUUUGCUCUUACCACUUGAAGUCAUAAAAGAAGUUAAGAAUCAAGCGAUCAACGAUCCAAACCUGGAAGAUGACGAUGAAAACGAAAAGCAGCCGCGAGGAUUAUGGAAAAUGGGCAUAACCACAAAAUUAACAAAAGGAGGUGACGGUCAUAUCAGGACCGUAACAGUUCUGUUAGCAAAUAGCAGGAAGUGGACCAGGUCAAUCAAUUUGCUCUUACCACUUGAAGUCAUAAAGGAAGUUAAGAAUCAAGCGAUCAACGAUCCAAACCUGGAAGAAGACGAUGAAAACGUUUUGAAGCAUCAAUGUCUCAGAUAUCAAAGCAACGGGAAUGAGGAACCACAACAACGAUGGAAUAUUUUGUACUCACUAAACUUUAGACUCACUAACACAACAGCUGCGGGCGUCGGAGCUUGCUUGGUGCCGAGUUGAUA